CUUUAAGAUUUUGCUAUUUAUGAUUUUUAAUUGACCCGUUUAAAAGUGGGAAGCGUGUGCGCAGUGGUUCCGAAGGCUCUUCUUCUUCUUCGUCUUGCUCGUAAAGCCAUGCAACAGUGCUCUUCGCUACGACUCCGGCGGUUCAAACAAAUCAAUUAGAUUAAACAAUGGCAUCUCCAGCUUGGUUACCGCUGGAAGUGUCACCGUCGCCAGCAGCAUCUCAAUCUCCUCCAUCUCCAACUGGCGGCACGCCUUCUACCUCAAAGAGUUCAACUGCUACUGCAAAUGACUCAAUGCAAGAGUCUUUUCAGAUGAAAAACCCAAAUGGGUCGAGCUAUGUUGCACCAGUACCCUCCUUCUUUCAGCAGCCACCAUCUAGUUCUGGGAUUAAGUCUGGUGCACCAGUGUCUUCGGUGGUUCUUCAACCCCCCAUCCCUGGAUCGUCUUCUUCUGCUGCCCCUGCUUUCUCCUAUAACAUUUCACAGACCGGCUUUGCUUUCCCUAGUGGUCAGCAUUUACAAUCUAGCAUGAAUGUAUUAGCUGCUGUUGCACCAGGAAGUGGUAAUGUAUCUUCUGCAUCAACUAUCUCUCAGUCUGUUUCAUUGCUUGCUCAUGGUCCUUCAAGUUCCGCAGCAACAACAAUGGCUCCUAACUUGGUUCCAACAACUUCAUGGGUGCCCACUGGCCUACCUUUUGGUAUUGCUCCUGGAACACCUAGAACUCCUGGGACACCUGGCCCCCCAGGAAUGUUGCAGCCUGCACAAAUAUCUUCUAAUCGUGCAGUAGCAUCUGUAGCUGCCGAUUCUUCAUCUAUGGUCCAGAGACCCGGUAUGCCAACAGGCCCUGUUCCAUUAAAUUCAUCUAUUCAGCCACAAAUAGGUGCCUCGUAUCCAUCUUUACCUGCUUUGGCUGGUCACCCUCAGGGACUCUGGUUGCAGCCCCCACAGAUGGGAGGCAUGCCUAGGCAGCCAGUUGUUCCAUAUUCAGCUGCAUUUCCUGGUCCCUUACCCUUGAUGGCACAUGGAAUGCAUCUCCCUUCUGUUCCAGUACCUGAUCCUCAGCCUCCUGGUGUUACCCCGGUGGAAAAUAGUGGUUCAAUUCCUGUUUCUUCUACUGCUUCCAGUCUUCAGCUGGUAGGACCUUCAGGGAUGCAUACACUAGUACAUAAAUCAGCAGGUGACAGGACAAAAGUUAAUGAUGUUGGUGUCCAAGAUAGAGCAGCUAUCAAUGAACAAUUAGAUGCGUGGACUGCCCACAAGACUGAUACAGGAGUUGUCUACUAUUAUAAUGCCUUGACAGGAGAAUCAACUUAUGCUAAACCUGCUGACUUUAAAGGGGAGCCUGAUAAAGUGUCUGUGCAGCCAAUUCCAGUUUCUAUGGUGAACUUGCCUGGAACUGAUUGGGUAUUGGUUACCACAAGUGAUGGAAAAAAAUAUUACUGCAACAAUAAGACCAAGGUAAGCAGCUGGCAAAUCCCAAAUGAGGUGACAGAAUUAAAGAAGAAGCCAGAUGGAGAAGUUUCAAAGGAACAUUUGAUGUCAGUACCAAAUACUAGUGUAGUGAUGGAAAAGGGAUCUACUACAAUAAGUUUGAGUACUCCUGCCAUUAACACAGGUGGUCGUGAUGCCAUAGCUCUUAGAUCCUCUGGUGUGCAGCCAUCAUCAUCUGCAUUGGAUUUGAUCAAGAAGAAGUUGCAGGACUCUGGAGCUCCUGUUGUUUCUUCGCCAGUUCCUGCACCAUCAGGAAUGACGGGAUCAGAAUCAAAUGGUUCAAAAGCAGUUGAGGCUACGACUAAGGGCCAGCAAAGUGAGAAUAGUAAGGAUAAGCUCAAAGAUGCUAAUGGGGAUGGAAAUUUUUCUGACUCCUCUUCAGAUUCAGAGGAUGCAGACAGUGGUCCAACCAAGGAGGAGUGUAUUGUCCAAUUUAAGGAGAUGCUUAAGGAACGAGGAGUGGCACCAUUCUCAAAAUGGGAGAAGGAACUGCCAAAGAUUGUGUUUGAUCCACGAUUUAAGGCAAUUCCAAGUUAUUCAGCUAGGAGGUCCUUGUUUGAGCACUAUGUUAAGACACGUGUGGAGGAGGAACGCAAGGAAAAAAGAGCUGCUCAGAAGGCUGCAAUAGAGGGAUUCAAGCAGUUAUUGGAUGAAGCCUCAGAGGAAAUUGAUCAUGAAACUGAUUAUCAAACUUUCAGAAAAAAAUGGGGCAAUGAUCCACGAUUUAUGGCCUUAGACCGCAAAGACCGGGAGAAUUUAUUAAAUGAAAGGGUUCUUCCUUUGAAGAGGGCAGCUGAAGAAAAGGCUCAGGCAAUACGUGCUGCUGCAGCAAGUGGUUUUAAAUCUAUGCUUCGGGAAAAAGGGGAUAUAACUGUUAAUUCCCGUUGGUCUAGGGUGAAAGAUAGUCUAAGAAACGACCCAAGAUACAAAUCUGUAAAACAUGAGGAUAGGGAGGUUUUAUUCAAUGAGUAUCUGGCUGAUCUAAGAGCCACAGAGGAGGAAGCAGAAAGGGAAGCAAAAUUGAAAAGACAGGAGCAGGAUAAGCUGAAGGAAAGAGAGCGGGAAUUGCGGAAACGAAAGGAAAGAGAAGAACAGGAAAUGGAGAGGGUACGAGUCAAAGUUAGAAGGAAGGAGGCAAUUGCAUCUUUUCAAGCUUUACUUGUGGAAACAAUUAAAGAUCCUCAGGCAUCUUGGACAGAAUCUAAGACUAAAUUGGAGAAGGAUCCACAAGGACGUGCAGCCAACCCUGAUCUAGAUUCAUUAGAAAUGGAAAAGCUCUUCCGAGAACAUAUAAAGAUGUUGCAUGAGCGAUGUGCACGCGAGUUCAAAACUCUUUUGGCAGAAGUCUUGACUGCAGAUGCUGCUGCCCAAGAGACAGAAGAUGGUAAGACGGUGCUAAAUUCAUGGUCAACAGCUAAACGUCUUUUAAAGCGUGAUCCCAGAUACAACAAGAUGCCAAGAAAAGAUAGGGAAGCCUUGUGGCGUCGACAUGCUGAGGAGAUGCUGCGGAAACAAAAGUCAGAACUUGAACGGAAGGAAGACAAGAAAAUUGAUGCUAAAAGCAGAAGCACUAUCGAGUCUGGAAGGUUUCCAUCGGGAUUGAGAGGGACACAUGAAUGGAGAUAAGCCUUUUUUUUUUUUUUUUUUUUUUUUUUCCUUUUGACAAACCAUGUUUUUGAUAGUCUUUUGCAGAGUCGUGGUUCAUAAUUUUGACGUAUAAAGAGGCCCAAAUGAAUUCUGUAUCAUAUCAAGUAAUUAAACUAAUUUAGUUUACUGUACUAAAUCAUGUUUAAUGUCAAUUGAUGUGCAUUUUUUAACUAGUA